ACUUAAGCUUAAAUGACAUCAAGGACAGGAUCAACAAAUCUUCUAGAUUGCUGGAGCUGAAAGCUUCCAUAGCAAGACUUAAGAGCUAUGAUCAGCAAUUGGAAAAGAUACAAAAGUAGGAUGACUUCAAUAAGUCUCAAAUGCAGAAGUUUGAAAAAUAGAACUUGAGAUUCCUCACACAAAAAAUGAUCAGAUUUCCAACCAAGAUCUUAUCUAUUUCAACCAAUAGACAUUUCAGAAAUAAUAAACCCUCAAAGGAAAUAUCACUAAAUCCAUUAAGCAAUCAGCUUAUCAAAAAUAUCAGAGAAAGUUAAAGAGGAGCAUAAGAAAUUUUUAAUUUUGGACCUUGGAGAUUCUGGUAAUUAUAUAAAAAGAGAAGGAGAAGAUAAGGCACUGGUGUAUUAGGCUUGAAGAAAAAACAUAAAGAUAUCAAGAAAGCUGCUCUAAGCUGAGAAGGCAACUAUUAAAGAUGUUCCUGACAAAGUUAAAUCUUUAUUUAACUCUGGUUCUCGUAUAGCGAAGGCAUUGCAGAAACUGGCCGAAGCAAGAAUAAUCGAGUCAAAAUCGAUCUCUGCGUCUUCCACACAGAAUUCCAUGACCCAAAUUACAGAAAAUAAUAUUCCGAAAGUUAAUAGUGCUAUUGUUGAUACCCUAUCGACUACACAAAAUGUCCAUCAAGACAUAUAUCUCACUAAAACGUUCAAGGGUAUUCCCAAAUCUCUACUCGAAAAGGUACGCGCGAGACAGGCGGCUAAAGCGUUAGAGGGAAUGACGAAAACACCAAGCGCAGACAAGGAGGCUACAUUAUACUCGAAACUCCCGCAACUGGCGAAAAUACUCCGCAAUAUUUACAUGUCGGAAAAAAAGGGCGUCUUACCAAUGGAGACAGUGGUACAACGAUUAGAUAACUCCUUCAGGAUAAAGUUAACGCCGAAUGAAAUGGAUGAACAUUUACGGCUGCUGUGUAAGCUAUUACCCACUUGGACUAGUAUACAUAAUGUGCGGAAGAUCGAUUAUCUGAAAUUGAACAGGAACGCCGAUGUCGCGAAAGUGAUCAGACGAUUGGAGACUUUGGCCAGUGACAAAAUCAAAUGAUAUAUAUAUAUUUUCAUAUAGCGCCGCACUCUGCGUAUAAGUAUGAAUAUUGUUUUGUACACUUGUAUUUGAAUUGAAUUAUAUAUACAGGGUGCGUACGGUAUUUGAGGACAAAUUGACGUUAAAACUAAUUUGUUUAUAUUUUUUGCAAAAUUUAUUAUAAUUCCAUGAAAUUUUUACACGACGUUAAUUAACUCCUAGACUAUACAAUUAUUCAAUAAAAUCCCCAUUAGCGGCAAUAACGGACUCAAUCCGGGGUCGGAAACGAUUGCAUGCCCGAAUCAAAUGCUCUUUGUUCAUUUUUAUCAUUGUUGUUGUUAUAGCAUCCUUCAGUGAUGAAAUAUUAUUAGGAGGAUGUUUAUUGGUCUCCCGCUCAACUACGCCCCAUACGUAAUAAUCCAUGGGAUUAAGGUCUGGGGAGCUAGGUGGCCAUAAGUUUGGGGUAAUGUGGUCAUAGAAAUUUUUGGUCAUCCAACCUUGUGUCGUCAUGGCUUUGUGUGAAGGAGUAGAGUCUUGCUGGAAUAUGUAUGGUCUGUCCCCACGUAUACUAUCAAUCCAGGGU